GGGGCUGGGCGGCGGUAAGGGCGGCGGUAAGGGCAGUCCCAGUCGGAAAAUUGAGAUGCUUCGGGGUAAAGUAGAUUUUGAGAUCACAUCAAUCAGUCUUCCGAGCGCGACUGAACUUGGAGCUUUAUUGUCCAACUCCAAGUCUCGAAAGCAUCUCGUUUGCAUACGCAUGGUUGAUACAAGGCAAAGCAGGAUAAUUAGUCACUCCAGGGUUUCGUGGAGAUCCCUGCGCCGCACAUGUGAGAGAGGUAGGAGUGUGACACAUCUAGUUUGACUGUUGUAAGCAAGAGCGGAAGGAUUUCGGAAUUUCAACGUGGUGAGGCAAGGCCCGAGAUCUGUUGGGUCGCUUGACGGACUUCACGGAGCUACAAACGCGUUUGAAGAAAUCACAGCGCGAUAUAGCGUGGUGCCGCGCUUUGCAACCUGGAUGGACUUGGACGAAUUCGCAAGUGAUACUGGUUCGCAAAUCUGGGUUCCAACGUUGAGCACUGAAUCGGGAACCAAAACCUUAAGUUUCCUUUCUAGCGUACUCAAGCCACCAUUCAUAACCCCUGGGGCUAUCUCUUCUUAAAUCCGGGUGGUCUAAUCUCGAUUGCCGGGAGUACGCGCAUGAUAUCCUAUUUCCGCAUCGCCGUGGUUGCUGGUACGGUGGGAGAAUUCUCGACGUUCUCAGGCCAGCUGCAUAAGCAAGAGCAAAAAUGAGGAGAUGAGCAGUUUGAGUCUGAGGAAAGGUUCCGCCUUGUGGCAACCCUAGACGUAGAGACACCCAGCAGGAAAUUCAGAGGAUGACUGCGGGGGAAUGCAUGUAAUUAUGGCGAACUCGAAAUUUAGAACUCUACAUCGGAGUUUGAUGUUGCAGACCACCAUCACCAUCAUUGCUCUAUCAUUCUGCGUUUUUUCCGUCUUCCAGCGAAACGUCCAGCAGAAGGUCCAGCCCGGGUAUGUCAUCAAGCCACAGCCGCUCAUCAACGACGUCCCUCGCAACUCUGAUGAACUCAUCGCGAAACUAGCCGACGUCACCAGAAAGGCUGAGAAUGGAAUGAACAAGACCGAGAUUUUCUCUUCCAAAAAACGACUUUUGUGGAACAAGGAGCAUUCUUGCAACAGCCGACACGAAAUAUACGCUCUCUACUCAACGAGGAAGAGCACGCACGACAUCAAAACCAAUCCGAAAUGGAACUCUGUUCUGAAAGAGUAUUCGAAGCUUCACAGGACGUGCGUCCAGCGAAUGGGCAACGUGACCGACUUUUUCCUCAAGAGGAAGCACAUUGACGGGUGUAAAUUUGUGGUGGCCGGUGUGUCAAUGGGCAGCGGCCUCGGCAACAAGGUGCUGACAAUCGUAUCGGCGCUCGUAUACGCCGUCCUGACCCAAAGAGUUCUACUCGUCCCGCUAACCACUACUGCACCGGGAGUGUUUUGCGAGCCAUUUGAGGGUUCCUCUUGGAUGGUGGAUCCCGAGAACAACUGGACGGAUUGUGUGAGGAGACGGGAUCUGUGGGAUCCCUUGGCAACUUUCUAUGACAAGGUGGAUACUAGAGAUUCGAGCGAAGCCUUGAUAAAACCCACCUACGCCGUCUCCACGGUUCAUACUUUGGACCCGCAACCGGAGUCACGAUUUUUCUGCGACACCGAACAAGCGCAGUACACCCAAGUCGACUGGAUCCAUUUUCGAAACAACUUCUACUUCGUACCGAAGAUUUUCGCAGUCCCGAGCUUCCGCCCUCUCCUCGAGGAUAUCUUCCCCAACAGGAAGAUAUUAACUCACUUGUUGCGGACGGUGAUGCUACCGAGUGAUGCUGUGUGGGGGCGCGUCAAGCAAGUGCACGACGCACACUUCCGUCAUUCGAAUCUCCUAGUCGGCAUACAAGAACGAUACUUCAUGGGGAAAUCAGGAUUCGAUCAACUCCACACGACCAUGGAGGAGAACGUCGUGGAAUGUCUAAAAUCCGAGGGCCUCCUUCCAACCACUAACCCUAAACUUCAAUCCCAAGUGUUUUCAUCUCCACGGGAUUUUGACAAACCUUCUGUGUCGGCUCUGAAACCCCUCAAUGUCACUACCAUCUUCAUUACUUCCCUUUACCAAAGUUUGUUCGAGAGAUUAUCGCAAGACUACGUUCGAACUGCACUUAACUCUGGCGAUGCCGUGGGGUUGGUCCAGCUGACCCACGCAGGCACGCAGAACUUUGGGGACGAGGUCGACAGGCAAGCCUUGACGGAGAUCUUCUGUCUGAGCCUCACAGACCACUUGGUUCUGACUCCACUGUCGACGUUCGGCAACGUCGCGCAAGGAUACGGGGGCCUGGUGCCGUGGUUCAUCGACCUGCGACCCGAGACGCCAACGCCGUGCCUGCUGGCGGAAUCUGCCGAAGUUUGUUACCAGCUUCCGAGCACAAGGUUGUUCACCUGCCCACAUGAUGCGGAUGUCAAUGAGCGGUUCAUGACGGACGUGGUGCCACACCUGAUGGAUUGCAACGAGGCGGAGAAGCCGUUUCAGCGCGAGACCAAAUCCAAUAUUGGAAUACAGCUCGCAACAGAUUGAGAGAGAGCAUACCCAUGUAAGCUGCAGGCAUGAUUUCCCGUGUUGUACUACACACUCUUUGUACAUUGAAUUGACACGGAUUCGCAGUUCAUUCAACGCCUACUUAUUCUUAAGACCAUCACGACACAAUGAAGCGAGGUCUGAAGCUCAAAGGGACGGUUCUCAAGCUCUCCGAGGUGAUAGACCAGGUCUGGCAUCUUUACUGCAGCAGCUAGGCAUGAGUGAUGGAUGGGAACACACACCGCAAACCAAGUCAAACAGUGCAAAAGCUCCAAUAACAACGACAAAGCCUUUUAAACAACGACAGGAAACAAGUUGGGUCAUAAUCGUUGCGACUUUGCAAGGGCAACAAACAUAGCAACAAUUUGCUCUGGGUUUCAUUCAUUUUGCGCAACUCUAAUCUAGCAGCUCGGCCUUUUUGUGACGAUGAGCCACCAUACCCACACUUGCUUUUGCAAGAGCAGCUUGCAUAUGGUGCAAAAUACACCAAUGAGUCAUAGUGUGUGCAACGAUAUUUUUUCAAAUAACAGAAAAAUGUUUGGUCAUUCUUGUUAGUGUUCCCACCAAAUCAUAGUUGUGUGUCAUCGUCUUUACAUAGACUACGCAAUGCAUAAAAUGAUCACUAGUUGUACCAAUCUUCAUUCAUUGAGAAGUACGACUUUUAUUUUUAAGUAAAAAGUUUGUUAGAUUGUUCAA